AUGGCGCUGCGGCGCAAGGGGAGGUCCGUGGGGCGGCGGGCGGCCGUGCGGUGGUGGCUGCUCUCCCUCGCCGGGACCGCCGCCGCCGCCGCGCUGCUCGCCGUCGCGCUCCACGUCUCCGCCUCCGCCUCCGCCGGCGCGCCCUACCGCCUGGCCAAGCAGCCGCGGGAGGCCGAGGAGCUGCGCUGGGAGCAGGAGUUCGCGCCGCCGCAGCUCGCCUCGCCGCACUCCCGCAAGCUGGACGGCGCCACGGACGACGCCGCGCCCGACAAGAGGCUGUGGCUGCCGGCGCCCUCGCGCCGCUUCGUGCCCUGCGUCUCGCCGUCGCCGGAGUACAAGCGUCCGGCGAAAUCGAGGGGGUACCUGCUCGUGCACACCAAUGGCGGGCUCAACCAGAUGCGCGCCGGGAUCAGUGAUAUGGUAGCAGUUGCACGUAUUCUCAAUGCUACACUCAUAAUUCCAGAGCUUGAUAAGAAAUCGUUUUGGCUCGACAAAAGUAACUUUUCAGAUGUCUUUGAUGAAGAGCACUUUAUACGUUCUUUGGUAAACGAUGUGAAAGUUGAGAAAAAAUUGCCAAUGGAAUUGGUGAAAGCACCGAAGUCUGUUAGACACUUCAAGAGUUGGUCUGGAGUAGAUUAUUAUCAGGAUGAGAUUUCUCCACUAUGGGAGCACCGCCAGGUUAUUCGAGCUGCUAAGUCAGAUUCUCGCCUUGCAAACAACUUCCUCCCUCCUGAUAUUCAAAAGCUUCGCUGCCGGGCCUUUUUCCAGGCACUUAGAUAUGCUCCCCCAAUUGAAGCUUUAGGCAAUCUAUUGGUGGAAAGGAUGAAAUCAUUUGGACCAUAUAUUGCUUUGCAUUUACGGUAUGAGAAGGAUAUGCUUGCUUUUAGUGGGUGCACGUAUGGUCUGUCACAAACUGAAUCAGAUGAGCUCGCAUCAAUCAGAGAGAACACAACCUACUGGAAGGUUAAAGACAUUGAUCCGUUAGAGCAAAGAUCAGAUGGUCAUUGCCCCUUGACGCCAAAGGAAGUUGGUAUGUUUCUUUCUGCCCUAGGAUAUCCGUCGAGCACCCCAGUUUACAUAGCUGCAGGCGAGAUAUAUGGAGGUGAAUCUCACAUGGUUGAGUUGCAAUCACGAUUCCCAAUUCUGAUGAGCAAGGAGAAACUAGCAUCAGCUGAAGAACUGCGACCAUUCAGCAAAUAUGCUUCUCAAAUGGCAGCUUUGGAUUACAUUGUUUCGGUGGAGAGUGAUGUGUUUAUUCCGUCGUACUCUGGGAACAUGGCACGGGCUGUUGCUGGUCAUCGGCGUUUUCAUGGCCACAGGAAAACAGUAAUUCCUGACAGGAAGGCAUUAGUUCGUUUGUUUGACAAAGUUGACAGUGGAUUACUAAACGAAGGGGGUGUGCUAUCGCAAAUGAUAACAGAAAUGCACCGGAAAAGACAAGGUUCUCCUCGAAAAAGGAAAGGUCCUGUCUCAGGAACAAAAGGCAGCGAUAGGUUUAGGUCAGAGGAGGCAUUUUAUGAGAACCCUCUUCCUGAUUGCUUCUGCCAAUCAAAGGAUGACUCUAGUUAGCAUCUGAUCAUAAUCCCGGCGUUGAUAGUCUUCGCCACACUGCUCACCAUUCCCAGGUAUAUAGAGCAAUGGAUGGUGCACACUGAUAAAUUUCCACGGUGUUACAGUUUCUGCUUA